UGGGCAGCGUGCUUGGUCAGUGAAUCACGUCUGCACCGUGCCCGUUAUCCGCUGAUAUAAAUAGGAGCAGAAGAGAGGCUGGAGCAGCUUCAGACCAUCUGGAGUCUGAGGAAACAAACAGCGGUUUUUCUCAUCAUUGCCUGCUGCCCUGUAAGAGUCAGAGAGGAUGUUAAUGAUGAUGAUGAUGAUGAAGAAGAAGGGGACAAAGUCUCUGGCUGUGGUGGCUCUUCUUCUGGCCUCAGCCAACUGUAUCCUCCCUCCAUCAAAAGAAGAACUUAACGAGAUCUCCCUUCAGGGAGAGAAGUACCUGGAUAAACAGAUUGAGAAUGCCAUUAAUGGUGUGAAGGAGAUGAAGAGUGUGAUGCAGAAAUCUUCAGAGGACCACCAGACGUUCCUGGAUGCCCUGGAGAAGACCAAGAAGCAGAAGGAGGAAGCGAUGCGUACAGCUCAGGAGAUGGAGGCCCAGCUGGAGCAGGAGGAGGAGGUUUGCAAUGAGACCAUGAAGGCUCUGUGGGAGGAGUGUAAGCCCUGUCUGAAGAACACCUGUGUGAAAUACUACUCCAAGACCUGCAGCAGUGGUUCUGGGCUGGUGGGACGCCAGCUGGAGGAGGUGCUGAACAGAACAUCUCCCUUCUCCAUCUGGAUCAAUGGGGAGAAGAUAGACGUCCUGGAGCAGGAGGGACGACGACAGAACAAGGAGUUCAAGAACCUGGAGGACAGAUACACAGAGAUGGCCGACGGUGUGGACAGCAUAUUUUCAGACAGUAUGAAGGUGGCUAGCCAUGUGCACUACAACCCCCCAGUCUUCUUUCUUCCCCGUUUCCUGGGGCCGUACGCUCGCCCCAGCAGAAGCAUUCGCUCUCUGUUCCACGAUCCUUUCCACAACUUCCAGAGUUUGUUCUCCCCAAUGACGGGAAUGGGCAGGAACUUCUUCGGAUCCAUGGGCUCCAUGAUGGACAUGGACACCGACACUCUUCCUAAUGAAGAUGGCAGCGUGAACGAGGAUGUGGUGAUCACCAGACCUUUCGGCAACGGCAGGAUGACUUGCAGAGAGAUUCGCCGCAACUCGGCCGGCUGCCUCAGGUUCCGCGAAGAGUGUCAAAAAUGCAAAGAGAUCCAACAUAUUGACUGCUCUGGGAAGAAACCUCUGGAGGGCCCGCUGAAGGAGGACCUGGAGGAGGCCCUGGCCCUGGCCGAGCACUUCACCCAGCAGUACAACGCCCUCCUGAGGAGGUUUGAGGAGCAGAUGUUCAACACCUCCUCUAUCCUGGACCUGUUCAACAGGCAGUUCGGCUGGGUGUCAUCUCUGGCCAACAACACCAACAAGGACGACAUCUUCCGCGUUCAGACGGUGAUCUGCAGGGAUCCUGAGGAGAAGAAGCCUGAAGAAACAACGGUGUCUGUGCAGCUCUUCGACUCUCCUCCCAUGAACUUCACCGUGCCAGGUGACAUCCCCUGGACUGACCCCAAGUUCUCUGAGGUGGUGGCCCAGGAGGCACUGGACCGCUACAAGGAAACCAGCGUAGUGGUCAAAUAAAGUGUCGCGUGGAUGCAUUGUCUGCCGAUGAGAUAAUGCUCUGGAUUCAUCAAAACACACCUGGAAGAAAACCCUGAAGUCACCCACUGAUUCUUUUGUCGAUCCUCUCAAAGUCCUGCUUUUGCAAAUGGCACAGUUUAACCUCAGAGAUCUAGAUUGUUAGAGCUCCUUGUCCUGCUGUAAGAGAAUUCCUUUCGUAGACAACUGGCCUGACUUGUGGCUGUAGUACUUCCAGCAUAAGACCUGAGCUGGGCUUUGCAAAAAUGGGCCAAAGCACUUAAAUCUGAAAUGAUUUUGUUUAUUUCAUUCAGUCCAUCAUGUAGAUUAAACUGAUAUUUUCUGCAGAAAAAGAAAGAAAGAAAAAAAAAGUGGAUUUGUAGCAAAAAGCUGAGAAAACCGAAGUCAGAGCAAGUUUAUUCAGGCUGUUUCAGUGAUUUUAACAACCUGAUCGACACUUCUACAGAUCUAAUCCCAGUUGGUUGAAGUGGUUGAGUUGCUGGAGUUAAAAUCACUGAUUGAAGAGAGAAAGUAACAAUAGAAGUUGAUAAUGUUCAGGAUUUCUUUAAGCUCCUCUGUAAAACAGCCUAGCAAUGAAGCAACAUGCAGAUUAAAUCAAACCUGCUCAAAA